AUAGACACUAUACAGACCAUGGUAUCUAAUUCCUUCAUCCAUCUUCUCCUGACUUACUUCUCUCUCUCAUAUCAUCUACCAGUUCCAUAUACACUUCUCUCUCUCAUAUCAGCUACUAGUUCCAUAUACUUUUAAGUUUGUAAUUCUCAAUAUGAAUCACUACGAUCAAAACAAGCCUCAAGAAGCAUGUCCUUUUCCAGCAACUACUGCACCGGUUGAGGGGUACCCACAAGGUCCUUAUGUGGCUCCACCGCCGGCUGGUCAUAUGAUGAGAAAUGGUGAAGCAAAUCCCCAGAAUUGUUGUGCUGCCUUAUUCUGUUGCUGUCUCGUUGACGCGGUUGUGGAUAUGUGUGAGUGUUGUGCUGCCGUAUGCUCGCUGUUGCUGUCUUGUUGACGUGGUUACGAAUAGUUGUAAACUUUAAUUAUUAUUCGCGCGAAUCAUUAAUUAUAGAUAAAUAUGAAUUUCAAAUCUUAAAAUUUCUUUAUUCUCAUAUACGUAUAAUGCAUAAAUAAAUAAUUAGAUAUAAAUAUCUUAGUCUGUAAUUAUAAAUAUCGUAAAUAUCAAAGUAAAUGUCGAAAUCCUUUCUGCGGAACGAAUAACGUGAUAAAUUGUAAGUCAAAGUAUGUGGAAACUAGUUUCUCUUUCUUGACCUUUUGUACACAUAAACAUUGUACGUGUUAUUUUCAUUAGCGUACAUAACUGAUGGGAAUAUGCACUUUUAUAAAUGUAGAAAGAUGAUUAGUUUUC